GAGAUUUUUCUCUGAAGGCAGUGGUUUAUCUAAUAGGCUUCUCUGUCAGGCUGGUGGCUGUCUGCAUCUCUGUUUUAACCUGCUCCCGGUGACAGGGAGGAACGUGUGGGCAGCUGGCAGUUGGUAGGUGAUAUGGGGAGCAGCGAUGUCCUGGGAGCACAGCUCCUGAUGGGGCUGUGACAGGCGUCCUGGCUCUGACCCCCUCCCCAGAUCCGGUGAUGGAAAUCUGGGUUCACACCACUGAAGUCAGCGAAGCGGAGCGUCAGCUGGAUAUGGCUCAAGUGAAGGCGUGAUGGGAUGCCAGGAAGAAGCGUGGUGGUCUCCUGGAUCUUUGUGGUAUCCCUGGAAUAAACUGCUCCUGAAGCGAGGGUUUGAGCGGGUGAUGCGCUGUGAGGCACAGCAGUGAUCUGCUGCUGGGGCUGCAAACGUGCUGGAGACUUUCAUGGAACCCUAGAAUGCUUUGGGUUGGAAGGGACGUUAAAGAUCAUCUAGUUCCAACCCCCCAGCCGGGGACACCUUCUAUUAGACCAGGUUGACCAAAGCCCCAUCCAACCUGGCCAUGGGCACUUCCAGGAAGGGGGCAAAUGCCCCUGCUUGUAUUGAUUUUUUUCAGAGCAAGUUGGACAAACACGGUACAGGAUCAGUUUGUAGUGAGUUGUAUCUGCCUCAGGCUGGGUGAGGAUUUAGGGGGGUCUCUUUCUGUUUCUAGCCUGGGGUUCCUCCCAGGAGGGAGUGUGUGUGUGUUAUGAGUAAGUGUGGCUGAGGCUGCGUACAGCGAUGUCUUGGGGCUGGUUAUCAUCAGCAUGAGCAUUAAAAAUAGAAGAUUUUGGAGUAUUUCCAUGGCUUUUCAUCUUGUGGAACCUUUUUGCACCUCCUUCAAUUUGGAGAGGUGUAUAUGGGACCCCUUUUCACUCUGUGCUCAGGCAGCGGCACUGCAAUGCAAUAUUUAGGGUAGUACCUAAGCUGAAAGAGCACCCUGAUACCAGGAGGGUGGAGAUUUUGGCUUCAGCUGGGCUGUGUGCUGGCCCUCUGUAGCUGAGGGAAUUUCAAACCCGGAGCAGCAACACUUCUAAAUCCUGGGGGGAGGCGAGAUAGGAAGGAAAGCGAAAGCAGCUGCAUUCGUCAGCACCAAGAUCUCUCUCCACCGUUCAGCCCAUCUCUCACUUUAAUACCCACCAGCAUCAAAUCAUUGCAGGAUCGGUCUCUGCAAGAGCUUCUGAGGCAGAUCUGGAACUGCAGGAUUAAUGGAGACGCAGUGAAAGCGUAGCCAGCCCCCUCCCGUGGGCCGGGCCCGAUGCUGCCUCGCCGCGCCAGCCACCAUGGAGCCAGCGAGUACCAAAGACUUCCAGUGGAAAACCCUCGCCCCACUCCCGAGCUGCAGGGUCUACUCGACCUUGGUGGAAGCUGGCGGGCAGGUGUUUGCCAUCGGAGGCUGCGAUGACAACGGUGUCCCCAUGGACUGCUUCGAGGUCUACUCCCCCGAGGCUGACCAGUGGACCUCGCUGCCCCCCAUGCCCACGGCCCGGGCGGGGGUGGCCGUGGCCACCUUGGGCAAGAGGAUCAUGGUGAUAGGAGGGGUCGGAGUGAAUCAGAUGCCGCUGAAGAUAGUGGAGAUGUACAACAUAGACGAGGGCAAGUGGAAGAAGAGGAACUCGCUGAGAGAGGCAGCCAUGGGCAUCUCGGUGACGGCGAAAGACUACAGAGUCUACGCGGCUGGUGGGAUGGGAUCUGACCUACGGCCACACAACUACCUGCAGCACUAUGACAUGCUCAAGGACAUCUGGGUGUCGCUGGCAGCCAUGCCCACACCCAGGUACGCUGCCACAUCCUUCCUGCGAGGCACCAAGAUCUACGUGCUGGGUGGGAGGCAGUCCAAGUACGCUAUCAAUGCCUUCGAGGUCUUUGACACAGAGACCAGGUCGUGGACCAAGUUUCCCAACAUCCCCAACAAAAGGGCCUUCUCCAGCUUCGUGCCCACAGAAGACAAACUCUUCAGUCUCGGGGGCCUGCGGCAGGGACGGCUCUACCGGCAGCCCAAGUUCAUGAGGACCAUGGACAUAUUUGACAUGGAACAAGGUGGCUGGAUGAAGAUGGAGCGUUCCUUCUACCUGAAGAAAAGGCGAGCAGAUUUUGUGGCUGGCUACCUGAAAGGCAGAGUCAUUGUGGCUGGGGGACUAGGAAACCAGCCGACCGUCCUGGAGUCCACAGAGGCCUUCCACCCCAAGAAGAACAAGUGGGAGAGCCUGCCCCCCAUGCCCACCCCGCGCUGCGCCUGCUCCAGCAUCGUGGUCCGGAACUGCCUGCUGGCUGUCGGCGGGGUGAGCCAGGGCCUGAGCAGUGCCGUGGAGGCCCUGUGCCUCUCCGAUUCCUAGCCAGGUCCUGGCUGGCAGAGGCUCCUGCCCCUCCAGCAGCGGUGCUGGUGGUGCUGGUGGUGGUGCUGGGCAGCUCCCAGCAGCGCUGAGGCUGGGGGAGCACAACCCGAGCUGCCCUGGGAGCCUGGUCGCUAAACCCAACCUUGCUCUGAGCCAGGGCUGCUGCUCCUCUCCCUGCUGGGCCCAGCCCCAUGGAGCAAAGGAGCACUUUGGCCAGGGGUCCCCUCCCAUCCCCUUCAGAGCUCGAUGGAGGAAACCCAGAUGAAGGAACUGCGCUGGUGUGCCAUGUCUCCUGCCAGCAGGAAGGACUCUGGGGCUCAGGGCAUGGGCAAGUGUCUCCCUGCAGCCAGCCUGACCCACUUCCAAAGGUGACGGGUUUGGAGGUAUUAGGAGUAUCCAGACAAGCCGGUGGUGGUUCAGGGAGAACUGUGGUGAUGGUGCCCUGUCCGAGCAUCCUGGGAUCUAGGUGUGCUUCCCUGCACAGAUCCCCUUGGCUUGCAACAAGGGAAGCUCCUAAUGUGCAGCCAGAUUCAGGGGAUCAUUCUUUUGCCUUCAUAGCAAGGCUUUUCCUGCAAACCUGUAGCCGUGGACUGUCACUCUGGCAGAAGCUGCAGCGAGGGGCUGCCAGUGCUCCUGGGAGGGGUUGAAUGCCCAAGGGACCAUUUUGACUAAAGGGAAGGACCUUACUUUUGGCACAGGUCUUGCCUUUGCUGGGUUUCAUGCAGAGGUGGCCUCAACCUACAAUGUUCCAAACCGGU